AUGGAUACAAAAGAUUCAGGUACUAAAGAUGAUGCGACUGUUAAUAAUAAUAAUGAAUUAGUUGAUAUUAAUAAUCAACAACAUUCGUUCUUAUUUCGUUUUGGUACAAGAACGUUAGUUUAUACUGGAGUUGCAGGUGUUGUUGGUAUGUUUGGUAUACCAGCAGCAUUCAGUUGGAUCGGCUUUUCAUCUAUUGGCGUAACAGCCGGUUCUUGGGCAGCUUGGUGGCAAGCCACACAUUUCGUGCCAGGAAUAUUUGGCAUAAUGCAAAGUGUGACAGCAACUGGUGCCGUUGGUGCACUUUUUACCAAAGUUGGAAUGGGUGCUGGGGUCAUAAAAGCUUAUAUGGAUGCAAAGAACAAUCAAACCGAAACGAAAAUUGAUAAUAAGGAAAAAGAUCAAUAG